AUGUCGACUGCAACUUCUGCUCCUAUCAUCAAUCCAACUGAGCUCUUUCAAGAUAGUCUUGGAAACUUUUACUCCAGAAGGCUACUGCUUCAUACAGCCUAUCAACCACCUACCACAGCAUCACCCCCAAUUGCAGAUGCUCAUGAAGCAUCACGCUCCUAUGCGCGUCAUAUGAGCCUUGAUGCAAAUGUUGUCAUGGUUCUAUCAGUCCUCUUCUGUGCACUACUUUGCUCACUUGGACUGCAUUCUAUCAUAAGAUGCGCAUUGAGGUACUCCAAUUUAUUAUCAUCCGAAGCUGGUGACGAGCUCGCAGUCCGCUUGGCCAACACAGGAGUCAAACGAAAAGCCUUGAAGAGUUUCCAGACGGUAAGUUACUCUGCAGAGCUGAAGCUGCCUGGCCUAGAUACAGAGUGUGCUAUAUGUCUCUCAGAGUUUGUAUCGGGAGAGCGAGUCAAGCUUCUGCCAAAGUGCCAACAUGGAUUCCAUGUCCGGUGUAUAGACAAAUGGCUCAGUUCACACUCAUCCUGUCCCACCUGCAGGCACUGCCUCAUUCAGACCUACCAAAAGAUAGCUGGCUGCAGUGAGACGGCUUCAUCACAUAAUCAACCACCACAAGACAACAUUAGCGUUCAUAUAGCACCACUAGAACCGGAAAGAUUCAUACGCGGGGUUAGCUGA